GAGCUGGGUCUGGGCCAGGGGGCAUGAAGACCACCAAUGAGCCCCAUAGCCGCUAUGACCUGGAUGACAUAGACGUGUCCUGGCUAGAGCUGGUUAACCUGGAGUUCAGAGAGCUGGCGCUGCCGGAGCUGGACGAGCUGACCAUGGAGCGUGUGCUGGUGGAGCUGGAGAGCCAGUGUGAGGAGAACAUGCAGCAGGCCAUCGAGAAGGAGGAGGGCCUGGGCAUCGAGUACGACGAGGAUGUGGUGUGUGACGUGUGCCGGUCCCCAGAGGGAGAGGAUGGGAACGAGAUGGUCUUCUGUGACAAGUGCAACAUCUGCGUACAUCAGGCGUGUUAUGGGAUCCUGAAGGUCCCACAGGGGAGCUGGCUGUGCCGAACCUGUGCCCUAGGGGUGCAACCCAAAUGCCUGCUGUGCCCCAAGAGAGGCGGAGCCCUGAAGCCCACCCGCAGUGGAACCAAGUGGGUCCAUGUCAGCUGUGCCUUAUGGAUCCCUGAGGUGAGUAUAGGCUGUCCAGAGAAGAUGGAGCCCAUUACUAAGGUGUCCCACAUUCCCGCCAGCCGCUGGGCCCUGUCCUGCAGCCUGUGUCGAGAACACACUGGCACCUGCAUACAGUGCUCCAUGCCCUCCUGUAUUGUGGCCUUCCAUGUGACCUGCUCGUUUGACCACGGCCUGGAGAUGCGUACCAUCCUGGCUGAGAACGACGAGGUGCGCUUCAAAUCAUACUGCCUGGAGCACAGCAGCACUACCGGCAACAGUAACCACGCUGCCGCUGUCGCCGGCAACAGUAGCCACACCAACACCAUGACUGGUAACAGUAACCACACCAACGGCGCCCACUGCGCUGGUGCCAGCAGUAAAACGGACUGGGCCGGACACGGCAACGAGCACAGAGUCAACGCCGGGCCGGAACACCACCAAGCGGCCAGCGAGCUGCCACCUGUGGAGCGUCCAGACCGAGACCAGAUGGAAAGGGAGAAGGCCAGCCAGCGCAAACAGAAACUACAGGAGCUGGAGGACGAGUUCUACUGCCUGGUGGACCCCAAAGACGUGGCGGAGAGCCUGGGCCUGCCGGACGCCCACGUGGACUUCCUGUACCAGUUCUGGAAGCUGAGGAGGAAGUCCAACUUCAACCGUCCGCUGGUGACACUGAAAAGAGACGAGGUAGAUAACCUGGCUCAGCAGGAGCAGGACGUGCUGUACCGACGCCUCAAACUGUUCACACACCUACGCCAGGACCUAGAGAGGGUGAGGAACCUGUGCUACAUGGUGACGCGGCGGGAGAAGAUGAAGACUUCUUUGUGUGACCUCCAGGAGAAGAUCUUCCACCUGCAGAUCCAGCUGCUGGAGGAGGACCUAGCUGGAGAGAAAACCAUGAAGGGGCAGAAGGGAAAGCAGAACGGGGUGAAGGAGAGGGGGAAGGAGCGGCGGAAAAGCAGUCCAGAGAAGAAGAAUGAGAGGUGGAAGUGUGAGAAUGGCUCCCUCCUGAAACAGCUAGGUUUCCCCAAGACCUUCCCUCUGGACAACACCCUGUUUGACAGCUGGCUGGCCCAGUCGGUGCAGAUCACGGCUGAUGACAUGCUGAGCAAGUGGGCCCUGGAAGCCGGGCAGCACCGUGACAAGACGGCCAGCCUGCUGUCUGACCAGCUGCUGCAGGGAGAGGAGAGCCUGCUCAGUCUUAUGAUGGACCACUCCAUGAAGUCCACCUGGAAGACCCCUCAGCUGGGCCGCAAGACCCGGGGCCAUCACUCCACCACCAACACCGCCGCAGCAACAACCGACACCCCCCCUGCUGCUGCAGCCACUGCAGCCUCCACAGCCAAGGGGGCUCUACUGGUAGAGGAGAGGCCAGGCCAUGGGGCUCGUAGAGGGGAAAGGUCCCGGGGCACCAAGGCCCUCCACCACCGCCACCCCCAGACCAGGAGCACUGAGACCCCCCUGGACCCGCCACCGCAGCCGCCCACCUCCAAAAUGGACUCCUGUCACAUCUCGGAGGAGCGUGGCCCCUGGGACAGCCUCACGGGUACUGGGGUAGCGUCCUCCCCCCUGGCCUCCUGUUUCCCCCCAUGCAGUAGUCCUGGGACAGUGCCUGAGUGGGGGUCAGGGGGGGGUCCCAUUCCCCGCACGGCCUUGCGCCUCCGCCUGCACCGGCAGGGCAAGUCCCGGGGGAAGGGUGGGGCGUUGCAGGAAGCUGUGGAGCGCCCCCUGGAAAGGGAGAGAGAGAGGGACCCCCACCCCGUCUCCCACCCAGUGAAGGAGACAUCAUCAUCGCUGCUGGACCCCGAGACAGACUGCUACUUCUCUGACGCCGAGCAGAGCGACUCAGACACACACUCCAGCGCCCGCAAGCUUCGUCUGGCUCAGUUGCAUUCUGGGAGCGAGGACCUGCUGAGGAGGAGCGUGCUGGCUUUGUAGAAAAAACUGAGAUGCGCGCACACAUACACACACCAUCGACCAGAACACACACUGUUUUCUCAGACUGACUGGAGCUCCAUCCCAGCUCCCUCUGCCACGGCUUCUGUCUGUGCUCUUGAUAUUAAAAUUGUAGUUAUUUUCUUUCUAGAUCGAUUUAAUGAACCAAAUCUCCGUCAUGAAUCAGUUUAUCUGCUCUGUUCUGGGGAUUUGAAUGUAGCUGCUACAUAGUUAAACAAUGAGGCCCUAGAUGUUCGUAGUUAAAGUAGCUGUAUGAUGAUGUAAGAAGAGAAAGUGUAUUUGGACUACGUUACGUUUAGGUUUUAUUUGGUUUAGAUGUAUAACUCGGUGGUAAACCAUGUCAUCAACCCUUUCUAGCAACGUGGGGUCAGUGGUAACUAACCACAAGAGUUGGGCUGAAUACUUUGUGGACAUUAUAAGCUAGUUCAGGUGAAUCACUUAUUUUCAAAUGACCGAAGAUGGAUCCCAUGAUGCAAUCCCUGGGAUAUGAUGUUUAAAAAGCCUUUCAGUUCAGAAUCAGACCCAGAACAGGUCUAAUGGGCUAACCCAUCAGUCUGAGAAAUAUACAGAAAAUAUCACACAAAUAUUAGCCUUUAAAAGCACAAAUAGCUAACAGGAACUGUAAUGCAAACAUUGUGCAUAAACACACUCACACACAUAUACAACACACACAUUACACAAACACACACAUGAUUACAUUCUCAAAGCUACUCCCUCUGCAUUCAGCCGUUGUUGUAACAUACUGUUUGAGAAUUACGUCAGCUCUUCACUGACUCUGCCUCCUCUUCCGUUUGAAUCAUUGGAGAAACAAUAUUUAACGAAUUGUGUGCCUUCUGUCGCUCCCCCAAAAUGAGUUUAUCAAUCACUUCUAUAAUCUGAUUUGUUACAAUCAAAAAAGGGAAACCUGUUGUAUUGGUAAUCAAGCGUACCGAAACAGAUGACCUUAAUUGUAGUGCCUAAAAAAGGAUGUAUAUACAGCUUUUGCCAUGAAUCAACCCAACCGCACGCAAAGCCACACAGAUACACAGUUCUACCAUAUUUGUGCAAAUUGCUGCCCCAACAAAGCAACUUCUAGAGUCAUUGUUGCUCCCGUCAGACGAGUGGUAUAAUCAGCUACAGUACAGACUCCUGGAUUCUGACUUAUUUUUUUAGUUCUUUGUAAAUUUGUUUUAACUCUUGUUUUUUCGUCUCAGAGAGUUGUAUUUUAUACUUAAAGUGGUCCACAGUAUUUUCUCAGGGUUUAAAAAAAUCGAAGAAGACAUAUAAGAAGGGUUGAAAAUGUAUUGAAAUCAAAGUUAAACCGUAAAUAUAUUAUACUAUAAAAGGCUAUUUUAUACAUAUAAGUAUGUAUAGAAAAAGUUCCUUUGGCAAAGCUUCACUGUUUGAACUGACUACUACUGUACUGAGAGAUUUUCUCCUGUCUCAAUCAGUACACUACUACUGCUCCUUCUACUACCCAACUGGCUGUCUCCUGAGUUGAUGAUGCCAAAGAACAGUGUAAAACAAACUGGGCAGCAUGCACUCACUCUGGUAGCGUCCUAAACAACACCCUAUUCCCUAGACAGUGCACAUGGUGCCGGUUGGGACGCAGGCUCACUCUCCGGUGUCACCAUGGGAUCCGCUGAAGGACAUGAAUACGGAAAUCUACCUGAUGCCAGCAGCGCUGUUCUAGUCGUUCUAGCUGUUCUGCAUUGCUCUGGCCUGGUGUGACUCGGCUUUAACACCCACCACCACUAUUUCACCUUGGACCCUCCUAUUCCCUGCUCCCUUAAGGCUGUUACUUACUGGCCCUCUGUGCCACUGACCUACUCUAGAUGGAGUGUCGCAGUUCCCCCCUGCCCCCUACCUGGGAAGAGUUGAAUGCUGCUGAACCGUGUGUGUGUGUGUGUGUGUGUGUGUGUGUGUGUGUGUGUGUGUGUGUGGCUGAUGGUUCAGAGCCCACUGACACCCCCAGUGCUGUUAUCACAGAGUUGGAAUGUAGAAGAUGACUAGAUUUUUGUGUUUUUGUCCGGUCCCCAGAUGGGACCCAUAUUCAGGAUGAAAACCCCCUAAAACAGUGUAUUGGUCAGGUGGCUCUGUCUGUCUGCAGCCAGUCCGGUUACUUCCUUUGGCCACUUCCUUUCCAUCCACCGUAACCCUUGGAGACAGACCAGUAUAAUCAUAGAAAUAGAAUGAGUAGCACAUUCUAUUCAUUCUUACUCUAUGAUUGCAACGUACACAAUAACAACAACCAUGCUUAUUGUUGCCUGCAGAUAAGUCGUCUGGGUGGAUGAAUAGGGUUAGCGCUGUAGUAGCCCCACCGAAUCCACCCAAACACCUAGUCGUUUACGUGUUGCUAAGACGAUGAAAUGUAAACUUGGUUUCAAUAUUUAAUAUAUACACCAAUUUAGACUAGACAGUGUUUUAGACGGAGCCCUUCAUGUACGGCCCCUAACGUAGUAGAAAACAGGUUGUUAUUAUUGGAGUGGGGCAUCUACGCCCUCUUCCUCCGCUUCCUCUCAAAAACAGUAGGCUGCCAUUUUAGUGAGGUGGUGAGGCCUUUUAGUACAGCAGGCAGCAGGUGACUGCACUUUUCAUACAGAUUAUAGAUGAUGGAGGGAUAGAUGGUAGUAUAUCCUCGAUGGACAGUAAUAUCCGACAGAGUACCUAUGGAUUACUAUUAACCUCCUCAAGCAGCGUUUCUUUGCCCCAUUCCUGAGGACCCACAGGCUUCGUGUUUUGUUCCAGCCCACACUAACACACCUGAUACAGAUCAUCAAAUUGAUGAUCAGUUGAAUUUAGGAUGUGUUAGUGCUGAGCUGGAACAAAACAUACAUUUGGACGGUUGGUCCCCUGAAAUAGGGUUGAGAAAGGAUGCUUUGGUGUAGCUGUGGAUGAAUGUCCUAGUGCUGUCUCCGUACCACCUAGGAACUGCUGCUGCUGUUGUUGUCGUUUGUAGCGUGAAAAGGCCAUCAGCACACUAACAGAACACAACGAUGACGUCAUUGAGAAGGAUCUCCUCUUCUGUGUUAGUUGCUUCCUCCGAUAGGGAACUGGUUCAAGGCUGUAGUAGUUCGACUGCCGUUUACCCGUCUGCUUUUUGUAUGCACCAACAAUAGUGUAUGAUACUGUACUAGAGACCGUUUUGUUUCCUUGUUAAAAGCCUUCGCAAGCUGUUUUUGUAACGCUUCUGCCGCGGCUCAUAUAACUAGAAUGCUGACUCAUAAUCAGACCAACUGCUUCCUUAUUGGCGCUUUAGCUCUCUGACAGUUGACGGACUGCUUCCACACAGUGAAGUAUGGUUCCAAUCCAACACCCACCCCACAGACUAGGGUUCUGUCUCACUCCCCUCCCUGCUUCAGUGUUCCGCCAGCCCGCCUUGACUCCUUCAUUGUUUUGAAGCACAGCAGGAUCAAAGGAACAAACUUUAAGGUCAAAUAAUGACAUGCAUGUGUAGUGGAGAGCGUUUGUCACUCUGCUGCUUAGAGAGAGAGUGUUUGCGCCCUGUCCACACAGUGUACUUAAACAGGCAGUGAAUCUGAACAACACCCGUCUCUCCCUUUUUCUGUGUGGCACACAAACACUUCUGUUUUUACUGGAGCUCAUUUUAUUUGCUUUCUUUGCUUUUGUUUUAUACAACCAGAGAGAAAAUUAUUUGAUAAAACAAAAGGGGGAAUUGCUAAUUGCAGUUUAAAUGGUCAGGCCGGUUCCCCAGUGGGCUGAUAGUUCAGUUGGCCAGGCCGGAUCCCCAGUGGGCUGAUAGUUCAGUUGGCCAGGCCGGUUCCCCAGUGGGCUGAUAGUUCAGUUGGCCAGGCCGGUUCCCCAGUGGGCUGAUAGUUCAGUUGGCCAGGCCGGCUCCCGGUGGGCUGAUA